ACGAUCAGCGUCCUCCCGAUAGCCAAUCAGCGCUCAGUCCACUCUCUUGAAUCCUCUCCAGCGGGUCGUCGUGUGUUUUGGUAGAUAAGAGUGAGAAAAUUCCCAAAAAGUUUCAAGAGUGCGCCUAACUGGCCAACCGUGACUAAAUAACAAGAUCCAGCGCGGGCAAAAGUUUCAGUUUAAACGUGGAUUUCACGGCUCUCUCUGAAAAUGCUGUUAGCGGAAGUGAAAAGGCUGAAAGUGGCCGAGUUGCGUGCGAGGUUAACGCAGCGAGGACUGGACUCCAGAGGCCUGAAGGCCGAGCUGGUGGUCAGGCUGAUCUCUGCGAUCGAAGCCGGCGUGGAGCCCAUCAGAAGUGGAGACGAGGGGGGAGCUGGUCGUGAAACGACGAGUACAGAGCCAGCAGAAGAGCCGCAGAAGUCUCACUCCCCGCAAUCUGAGCAGUGCGUUAGGACGCGCUCUCCGCUGUGCGUCGCUCCUCCUCACAAGAGCAUGACUGCCUAUACUGAUCAAAGCACACAGACUGACCCGCUUCAGCUGUGCUCGUGCUCGUGCACUGCCCCGAUAGCCAUCGCGAAGGCCGUUAUAUCUGGAGAGGAGACACAGCAUCCAGCCGCGGAUCUGCAUCCCGUCGCCUUGGCAACCGCUGCUACGGAAGAUGCGGAGUCAGGAUGCUCAGCAUCAGUCUUGGCCAUUUCAGAGCCGGAGGCAGCACAGCAGCAAGAGCAGUUGCUGCGUAGACUUUCAGAAGGACCUGAGACAGAGGACUCCACCCCAGAGCAGAGCAGGGAGCUCAAGAGGCCUUGUGAGGAGAGAGGCCGAGACUAUUACGAGUUCAAAGAGGACGUUCAUUACAACAGAGCUAAAACACCAGAGCUGCUGCCGGAGCCCGAGGAAGAAGCUGAAAUAGAUUUUGAAGAUGUUCGACUGGAUUCCUAUAACUGUGACCUGCAUUUUGAGGUGGACUCUGAUGGACGCAGCGGUCAGCCGCUCUUCUGGGAGACCUUCCCUCUUCUUUGGUCGGGGUGCAGGAUGACCCAUGGAUUUUGUCAAGGGAAGGUCGGAUUCGAAGCCAAGUUUGUGAAGCGCCUGUCAGCUCCUGCAUUAGACCCGAGCGGUGACCCUCAUGUGCUCAGAGUGGGCUGGUCUGUGGACAACACAAGCUUUCAGCUAGGUGAGGUGGAGCUGUCAUAUGGUUUUGAUGGACGGGGGAGGAUAGUUACUGGAGGAAAGGAAGAGGCCUUCGGUGAGCCGUUCACAGAAGGAGAUGUCAUCGGUUGCUAUGCAUUCAUCAGCGAGUCAGGAGAAGCGACGCUGUCAUUUCACAAGAAUGGACGUUCUCUUGGAGCGGCGUUUCACCUGAGCUCUUCUACUCUCGGAGGUCGAGACCUCUUUCCCCAUGUGCUUUGUAAAAACUGUUCAGUUUCUGUAAAUCUGGACCCAGAAGCUCCGUGGCAGCCUUCUCCGGCUGGUUUCUGCACGCUGCUCACACUUCCUCCCGGUCAGAGGACUCGAGCGCCUCUGCCCACAGCAUCCAAGAGUGAAUGUGAGGUGUUGAUGAUGGUGGGUCUGCCGGGUUCUGGGAAAACCCACUGGGCUCAGGCUCACAUGCUCCAGAACCCAAGGAAACGGUACAAUCUUCUGAGCACAAACUCCAUCCUGAACUGCAUGAGGGAGCCUCCCGGAGCCGGUCACAGAGAGCUGAUGCUGCAGCAGGCCACUCAGUGCGUCAGUCAGCUGACCAGAAGAGCCGCAGCGCAGAGGAGGAACUACAUCCUCGAUCAGGCCAACAUUUAUCAGUCUGCCCGGCGACACAAGAUGCUGUGUUUCCAUGGUUACCGGCGAAGAGCGGUGGUGGUUCUUCCACCUGAUGAGGUGUGGAGGAGACGUCUGGUCCAGCGGCGAGAGCAGGAGGGCACGGCCCUUCAGGAAACGUCUCUUCUCAAAGCCAAAGUGAGCUUCACGCUGCCGGAGCAGGGAGAGCAUCUGGAUCAGGUGAUGUUCGCCGAGCUCAGCUCUGACGAGGCCCUGGAGCUCUUAACGCAUUAUAAAGAGGAAGCUCGCCGCCUCCUGCCCACUCCUCCCAAACGCAAAAAACACAGACCAGGAAGUCAAAACCGUCCCGUUCAUCAGUGUGGAUGGAGAGGAGGUCCAUUCGGCUCUCGCUGUACAUUCAGGAAAACACAGGGUCGGCACCCAUCUGCCUUGGGAUGCUCUUACGGCUGCAGCAGUGACCCACAGCGAUACAGGAAUUACUACAGACCAUACACGGGCCAGUGGAGCUUGUCUGAGCAAAACCAGAGCUGUUAUGGCGGAAAGGUCAUUGCUUCUAAUGAGGAGCCAGCUUGAGUCCCAAAAUGCAGUUUGUUUUUAACGGGUAGUUAAACCCAAAAACUGAACCUUCUUUCAUCAUGGCGCUGCUCAUACAUGUUUAUAUUCAUGUGUUAGAAUUAUCAGGGACUGUUCAAAUGUAUUUUUAGGGAUGUUUUUGAAUUUGAUACAGUUUUAUUCUGCUUUCUAAACACUGACUCGUGGUUGAUUUCAUCGACAGCCACAGAUUUUACCAUUAGCGACAUUUCUUAAAUUUCUACUUAUUCCGACUUUGAAAAGCCUCUCACUGUGAAUCCCAAACGGACACUUGCACCAAAUUAAAAGGUCUUAAGUCAUUUCUUUUUAAAUCUUUAUUGGUUUAAUAUAAAAAGUUGUUUCUUUAAAUUCUGUCACCAAGAAUAAAUUUCAAAAUUGAAGUCUGUCACAAAAAAAAAUACAUUUCUAUAGAAAACAAUGCAAAAUACACUUCACAUGUAAGUUCUUCUGUAUAUAUAUAUAUAUAUAUAUAUAUUAUGAAAAUUAUUAAAACUUUUAAUGGCCACCAUUAUACAAAAAGAAAAGAAAACCUACUGUUUUGUAACGUGUUUUUGCAACCUUUCAAACAAGUCCCUUCUACAAAACACUACUGUAUGCAGGACAAAAUAAACUGUUGGCCCUGAUAGAUCAUAAAAUAGAUUAAAAUAAUAGUAACCAGAAAGAAAAAUGUGCUCAACAAGAUUAGGAUGAGUUUGUUUCUUCAUCAGAUUUGGAGAAAUGUAGCAUUGCAUCACUUGCUCUCCAAUGGAUGUGAAUGGGUGCCGUCAGAAUGAGAGUCCAAACAGCUGAUAAAAACAUCACAAUAAUCCACAGCACUACAGUCCAUCUUGAGAAGAGAAAAGAUGCAUGUUUGUAAGAAACAAAUCCAUCUUUAAGACAUUAUUACCAAAAAUAAUCAUAACACUUCCUCCAGUGAAAAAAAAAAAGAAAAGAAAUAAAAAGUCUGGUCUGAAUCAUGAGAGAAAUCUGCACAGAUCAAGCACUCUUUACAAGCCAAAACAAAUAUGUGUGUGGAUUUUGAUGUGAGAGACAACAGGAGGAAGUGUUAUUAUGGAUUAUGGACUCAUAAUUUAGUGCAUUAAUGAUGGAUCUGUUUCUUACAAAUGCAUAGAAUUUGUUUUAAGAUGUUAACUGAUGGACUGUGGAUUACUGUAAUGUUUUUAUCAGCUGUUUGGACUCUCAUUCUGAAGGCACCCAUUCACAUGCAUUGGUGAGCAAGUGAUGCAAUGCCACAUUUCUCCAAACCUGAUGAAGAAACUCAUCUAUAUCUUGGAUGAUCCAAAGGGUACGCACAUUUUCAUCAAAUGUUCAUAUGUGAGUGAACUAUUUCUUUAAAUGGUGUGAUUACUCGUGUUUAUAUGACCUGCUUGCACAAUUAUUCAGAGGAUGCUGAGUAUCUGAUUGAAUUCAGCAAUCAGGCAUCACCCUCUGAUACAGCAGUACUGCACCCUUCGCUGAAGGACACAUCUCUGACCACAGGGGGGCGCACUCGUUCAACUGGAACAUUUUCUGUAGAAAAUAACAUAAAAAUGCAAUAAACAAUGUGUUUCGAAAUU